CCGCCGCAGCAGCCGCCGUCGCAGUAGAGAAAUCCGGCACGGACGGACAGCGCGUCGUUUGGACCGUAUAAAAUAUCGCAUUGGCGGUCGGACUCCGUGGAAUAUUAUCACAACUGUCACUAUGGAAGAACAGUUAAUCAGCGAAAUCGAGCGGCGGCCCGUGUUGUACGAUAGAAGCGUGCAGGCGUGCAAAAAGAUGUCAGCCAGAGACGACGCUUGGCGCGAAGUAGCGGACAUCAUGAAGCAAACGGAGCCCGAAGUGAAAAAACGCUGGAGGACGCUUCGGGAUUCUUUCAUGCGGUUUCAUCGGCUUCAAAGGACGUGUGGGCCCAAGGGCAAGAAGAAAACGUGGAUGUACUAUCACGAGAUGGCGUUUUUGAUACCGCACAUCGAGCCCAGAGAGUACAAGAUGGCCGGUUUCGACGGCAACGAAUACGACCAAGAGACAAUGGACAACGGCCGACAGGAUUCGCAUGCCGCCGACAUGGUAUCCAUAGCGUCCGAUAUGUGCGAGACCGAGCUAACGACGCCACCCAUCGGCAGCGUGGUGCAGUGCCAUUGUUUCGCCGACAGCCAUGGUGGAGGUGGCGGAAUGGGGCCUCAACUAGGAGCACAGGAACCCGUUGAGCACGGCGACAAGCGCAAGAGGCCAGCGGAUGACCCGGAUUCGGACGAACACUUUGCGCUCAGCUGCGUUGCCGCGUUGCGCAAGUUGACGGCGCGCAAAAACGCUGAAAUCCGCAUGAGGAUACUGCAAAUACUGUACGAAGCCGAAUACGGAGAAGAGCCGGUGUUGAAAUAACAUAAAGCUAACUUACAUGAACGUUAAAAGUAUAUACACUAAUUUUUAAUACUAUAAUAUAUACGGUAUAUGUUCCAGAAUAUCAGUAAUUCAAUUACAAUCAUACACGAUUUUUACCAUUAAAAAGACAAUUUCAAAAAAAAUACUGAGCUCAGAUAGAGCUAUAUAGUAUUGAUACAUCUAUGCCCAAUGAUUUUGACUUAAAACAAAUAUUGGAGUGAGAAAAGACUGCAAAAGUUAUUCUGGGACAUAAUGCAUGCUUUGUGUUUAAUAUAAUUGUACAUUAUAUUUUAUUGUAAUAUUUUACGGGUGUUCGUAGGACCCGAGUUAAAUAUCUUGUUUAAGAUAUCUAUAAAUAUAAUAACUAUUUAAUAACAAACACAGCGGAAUAACGACUUUAAUAUGUCCGGCAGAAAUCCGCCAAAUUAAUAUUUAGUGUGAGCUACUUUGCAAUCUGCAAUAGCAACAACUCGUAUACGAACCUUAUACAUCAAUUUUACGUACAUUAGCUUAGGGCUCAAUGCUUUGUCGGUGGACCGAUCCUAUAGCGCGAUUAAAAAAAAUUCAACGGCAUAACCUGCAAAAAGUUUCCUAAGACGAGCAGCGUGUCUCUUGUAGCUAACAAGAUCCUACAUACUGAUAAUCUUUGUACGGUAUCUAUAUAGAACAACAGCAACUGAAUGUAACAACAUGGAAAAAUAAACAGGUAAGUUGGUCACCUGAGUAUUUAUAAAUUUUCACAAUACUUAUACCUGUCAAGCUACCGUUGAAAGAUUUUUCUCCAUAAGGAAUGCUCCAUCGUUUGAUUACGCUAUUCUGUUGUUUCCUAACUUAUUAUUUAAAUUUCUGUUCGAGUAAUGCCAAAGAUUGCGCAAAUGAAAAUGAAACAAUAAAAAAGCAAAUAAAACAAAAUAUCUUAAUAAAUAUAUAGGUUAUAUACAUUAUAUAGC